GGGAAAUUUAAAACCAUUUAACUGUAGUUCUCGUUUGCAUCAACACGUCAAAUAUUUCAAAAUGUUAAAACCAUUACUUUGUAUUUGUUUAGUCAGUGUAACUUUAGCAAAAGUUCGUUUCGACAAUUACAGUUUGUACAAAGUUUUACCGAAAAAUGCGACCCAAAUAACGUGGCUUGAAGAAUUAGAAAAUGCUGACGAUAAGUUUGACUUCUGGAGUGAGGUGUACCCACACGUUGAAUAUGUUUCGAUAUUAUCAAGUCCGGAAAAUAAAGCUUAUUUAGAAAAUUACUUGAAAAUGCAUGAAGUAAGCUUUGAAGUUACUUUGCCAAAUAUUCAAGAAGUUAUCGACAACGAAAAACACAAAAAGCAUGACCUGGGACGCUUAUUACGAACUAGAUGAUAUUUAUGCUUGGAUUGAUGAUUUAGUUGCAACAUACCCAACUGUAGCUAGCACGAUAGAAGGAGGAACUUCGCAUGAAGGUAGAACGAUUAAAGGCAUAAAAAUUUCCCAUGGAUCAGGCAAAAAAAUCAUAUUUAUUGAGAGCGGUAUACAUGCACGAGAGUGGAUUACACCAGCUGUGACCAACUAUAUUAUCAAUGAGCUUUUAUCCAGCACUGAUGAAGAGACGCAAGCAGCAGCGCGUGACUUUGAUUGGUAUAUCUUUCCUGUUACAAAUCCUGAUGGCUAUAUUUGGACUCAUACAGAAUUCCGACUGUGGCGUAAAAACCGACGUCCAUUUGGUGACGAAGUCGGUGUUGAUCUAAACAGAAACUGGAACAACAACUGGCUUGGUGUGGGUUCAAGCAAUGUAACAUCAUCCAACACAUACGCUGGUCCAGGACCAUUUUCUGAAGCAGAAACAAGAACUUUAUCGGAAUACAUCAGCUCGCUAGCUGAUGAUAUAGAAUUGUAUCUUUCUAUGCAUUCCUCUGGUCAACUUCUUUUGCUGCCUUUUGGGAACACAACUGAGCCGUUGGCGAAUUACUACGAUGCGAUGAAAAUUGGAAGGCGAGCAAUGGGUGCACUAUCUGUUCGCUAUGGAACUCCUUACACGACGGGAAACAUUGCUGAAGCUAUUUAUCUUGCCACCGGCACCAGCAUUGACUGGGUCAAGGAAGCCCUCAAGAUUCCACUAGUCUACUGCUACGAACUCCGGGACCGCGGUACUUAUGGACACCUUCUGCCGGCAGACCAGAUCUUGCCGAGUGGCGAAGAGACCAUGGAUUCAAUCCUGGAAAUGAUCCACCAAGCACGAAGGCUGGACUACAUGAACAGUGGAAGUGGUCUACACGCAUCUUUGUUGACGAUAGCAUUUGUUUUUGUGAACUAUGUUAUGUUUUAAAUAGAAAAAUGUUUCAGAAUAAGUAAAUGUUUUGCAUGC